ACCCAAAAAAGAUUAAUGCUUCAUCUACCGUUAUAUUCCCUCUCAAAACAAAAAACCCCCAAAUUGUGUGGCGCCAAAGUUCAAAACACCGCCUCCGCCUCAGAUCGGCAACAAUGUACUUCGACGAUUCUCAGUCGCAUAACCUCCAACACUACAACGGACCAGAACCAGAAGAAGAUGAAGACUCCGGUGACAAUUACGCUUCGAAUUCAACAUCGCCGCCGACGACUUGCUCCCAGGGCCACCGCUCCAGUCUCGUCCUCCAAACCAAGCAAGGCGGCUCCAUCUGCCUCCUCUGCUUCUCCAAUCUCAUCUCAAACCCUCAAUCUCCCACCGUCCACGUGUCCUACGCUCUCUCCCAGCUCUCCCAGGCCCUCUCCGACCCUCCCUUCCUCCGCUCCCUCCUCACCUUCCACUCUCACCUCCUCGUCUCCCCGCUCGUCCAAACCCUAGCCUCCUUCGACGACGACCCCAUCGCGCAACAAGUCGAGGAUCUCGUCACAGGUCUUUGCGAUUCCGGCGAUCCCUCCCUCGCUGCUGAGUUCAUUGCUCGGCUUUCCGAUCGCCUCUCUUCCGGCGCCUUGGCUUGGAGUCGCCGUCAGGUUUACACGCUUCACUGCUUAGGAGUUCUCUUAAACUGUCAGCAGAGUAAUCCUUUUGCUCACAUUAGAGACAAAAAUGGCCUCAUUACAAAUCUUGUUUCAGGUCUUCAAUUACCAAGUGAAGAGAUUCGGGGAGAAAUCCUGUUUGUUCUGUACAAAGUAUCUGCUCUCCACUAUGCAUCAGAGGAUGCUGAUGGAUCUGAUCUUUUAUUUUCCUUUUGCCCCAAGUUAGUGCGCCUGUCUCUGGAGGCCCUCAUGAAGACCCAAAGUGAUGACGUCCGCUUGAAUUGUAUAGCUCUUUUGACGGUCUUGGCUCGGAGAGGGCUUUUUGGGACUGCAUAUGCCCUUGAUUUAAACAGCAUGAGUUCAUCUGAAGGAGAUAGCUUUGGGCAAGCAACAGAAGAUGGAAAAGAUAUGCAUCCUCUGAACAUAUUAUUUUCUGAGGCCAUCAAAGGCCCACUUCUUUCAACAGACAGCCAAGUCCAGAUCAGCACACUAGAUUUACUCUUUCACUAUAUGUCCUGUGAAGGCACUUCAUCCAGAGAAAUCCAAGUACUAGUUGAAGAAAGCAUUGCAGAUUAUGUGUUUGAAAUACUGAGAUUGUCAGAAUGCAAGGAUCCGGCUGUCAAAUCUUGCCUUCAGGUACUUGAUAUUUUAUCAAAAGCUAAGCAAGCUUUCAAACAGAGGCUUGUUGUUGGGUUUGCAAUUCUGGUUCCAGUACUACAUUAUGUAGCUGAAGUUCCUCUCCAUCCGGUUCAAAAUCAAACUCUGAAGCUUAUUUUGAACUGCAUUUCUGAUUGCCCCGGAAUGCUAUCCUCCUCUCAUAUAGAGGAACUAGUUCCUGUUUUAACAAAGAUGCUUAAACAACAUACUGAUGGGGAUAUGGGCAUGCUUGAGGAGACAUUUAUAAUGACCUGUUCAGUCCUUGUAGCUAUCAUAAGAACUCCAUCUUUUCAUGUGAGUUUGAAUCUAGCACCAUCAAUUAAAGAAGCAUUAGAAUAUGCUGUCUUAGCUUGUCUAAGUACAUCCAACAAACAUCCCGGUCAACUUCUGCAUUCCUUGUACCUACUUAAAGAGGCAUACAUGUAUAGUCGUGAAGAAAAUUCUGCUGACUCCUCUAAAAUAGAACUACGAAAUUUGAUUUUGAGUUUGUGUACAAAACAUUUGUUGCCUUGGCUGGUAACCACCUUAAAUGAAAUGGAAGAGGAAACUAUCCUUGGAGUACUGGAAACUUUUCAUUCGAUACUGCUUCAGGAUUCUGAUAACCAAGCCAGAGAAUUUGCAAUGACGCUACUUUCGAGCACUUGGUUCACGUUGUCAUUUGGAUGUCUGGGCUUAUUCCCUGCUGAGAAAAUGAAGUGGAGGGUGUAUCUGAUGCUCAGUUCACUGGUGGAUGUGCUUUUGGGAACUGAUACUGGGCAACCCAUUAGGGAUGCUACUACAUAUCUGCCAUCUGAUCCCAUUGAUUUGCUCUUUCUACUUGGUCAAAGGAACACCCAUAAUUUGGAAUUAUCUUCUUGUCAAUCUGCCAUUUUGCUGAUCUUAUACAUCAGUUCUUUACAUGAUGAAAGACUUGCAGAUGAUAAGAUGGUUUUAGCCUCUCUGGAGCAAUAUAUUUUGGUCAACAGUAGUGAUCUCCAAAAUGGAGCCACUGAUUCGUUCACAGUGAUGAUGCUGUUGUUUCUUUACGGCCUUUAUAGGGGUCUUGCCGAGGUUAGCUACCAAAUCCCCUAUAGUCCAGAAGCUGAAAGAAUCCUGUUUCAGAUAGUAACUGAAAAUGAAUGGGAUUUGUCUUCUGCAAGAAUUCAUCCAAUAUCAUUGAAAUGGUUCUUUCAACAAGAGAAAUUGAGAAACUCAUUAUCUUAUCAGCUUCUGAAAUUUUGCAGAAGGAAUACAUCAAAUGGCUCUGAAAUCACUGCCCAUGGAAAGAAUAGUCAUAUAUUAAAUGUUAAUGCAAUUGCAGAGUUAAUAGUAGAAGAACAUAGUUAUGGCGCCACAAUUUUGGUGUGCUUAUUGACAGAGCUUGUUCAAACAGAAGGUCAAGAGCAAGAGAUAAUUUCUGUAGUCAAUCUCAUGGCAACAAUUGUCGACAUAUAUCCAACCAUUUCAGACCAGUUAUGCUUUCUUGGUUUUGGAAAUGCAGCUCGUACUCUUUAUUGUGAGUCCUCCUAUACACAGUCCCCACAUAUAUCCGCAGUUGUGUUGGUUCUUAUUUUUAAAAUUCUAUGCUCGGUGCAACAUGAUACUCUUUCUGAUGAUGAAAGUUGGCUUGCAGUGAUUGUGAAGUUGAUAAACAGUAUCACCACAAAAGCUGCAGACAUGUGGAAUCAUGAAUGUCUCUUGGUGAUUGGCAUACUUUGCUUGAUUUUGCACCAUUCUGCUAAUGCAGUGCUCACAGAAGCUUCAAAAACCAUCAUUUUCAGUAGUUCUCUAGUCUCUAUAAUCAACAGUGCAGUUCAUGCAGCAUGUCUUAAGGGGCCAGCAUUGGUUGACCAUGAUGAAGGAACAAGCUCUGGAGAAAUUUUGAUAUUUGUGCUUCUUCUAAAUUACUUCACUUUAAGAAGUUUGCACAUUGUUGUACCAGGGAUUAUGGACUGGAAAGUUUUCUUAGAUCCCUCAGGUAGGAUGCAGUCAUUUUCCUUUAUUGGCAUCUACUGCCAUGACCUGUGCAGGCUAAUGCAUUUUGGAUCUCCUGUGGUCAAGCUUGCUGCUUCAUACUGCCUGUUGGAGUUGUUUACCAGAAUAUCUGAGCAGAGGAAUAGAACAGGGGAGGAGUUGCUAUGUGCCACGAAGUACCUAAGUUCUGUAAUGGCUGUAUUAGAAGGCUUAGUUUUCUACAGUGACCUCAGAGUGGCUAUGAAUUGUGGCCUGUGCCUGUCAAUGAUCAUGGGGUGGGAAUUGCCGGACAUGCAUGAGACAAGUGUGGAUGCAAAGAAUACUUGGAGUAGGAUGGUUGUGGAAGAGCUCGCAAUGUCUUUAGCUGUCCCGUGCCUGGCAUCAAAAUCUUUCAUUAAUCUUCACAAGCCUGCAAUUCAUGUUGCAGUUGCUCUGUUAAAACUGCAGAAGAUUCCUAAGUGGAUGAGAUCCGUAUUUGAUGAUACUUGCAUAUCUAGCAUAAUUCAAAACCUUGCGGCUAAUAAUUUGAGCACAGAAAUUGUCCUAUUAUUUCGAGCUCUAUUGAACUCAGAUUUCUUAAAGAUGGAACAAAUUGCUAGCUUAAAUCAGUUGCUCCAGGUGUGCAGAAAACAAAAGUACACUGACAACACCAAGGAUGAUGGUGUGCAAGAGCAUAGAGUGGUGAUCAGCAACCUGGAUGAUUUGGGACAAGUUUGUGAGUAUCUCAUUCGUUUGAUGUCAUCAGAGUCAUCUUUAGGUAAGGAUUCUGGAGGAUCACAUCUUGGGAAUAAGAGAUUGUUAGAAGAAAUAGAGCUUUUCUUUAGAACUUUAACGGUACAGGAUGGAAUCUAAGAUCAUUGUAUUAAUUCAGCUUCCUUUGGUUGUAUCUAUACUUAU